AUGCUAGGAUUGUUGCCUCUCCUGUUGGUCAUUCCACCUUCCUAUUCCAGCUCAGCUCAAAACUGCCCUAAAUUCUGCCUUUGCUAUGAGUCUUCCAACCUAGUGGAAUGCAGGAAUCAGCAGCUCCUCAGUGUUCCACACCAUCUGGCACACAGCACAUGGAUGCUGGAUCUACGACAUAACAACCUCAGUAGACUGGAUCCUGCCUCCUUUCAAGCUUUGUGGUCACUUCGCAUCCUCCUCCUUUCAGACAACAGGAUUACGGUGGUGUCUCCUAGGUCUUUCCACUCUCUUGGUUUCCUUGAGCGCCUGGAUCUCUCCUAUAACCACCUUUCGAGUCUGCCCUUUGACUUCUCCAGGGGCUUAGGCUCCUUGAGAGAGCUGAAGGUACCUUCCAACCGACUGACAGUCCUGAGCUAUGAGAGCCUUCGACAUUUAGAAAGUCUGGAGAAGUUGGACUUGAGUAGAAACUUCUUGGCUUCUGUGGAGCAGAGGGCUUUCCGUGGACUCUCCAGGCUUCGUCACCUCCAUCUUCAGUCUAACCUUUUUUAUACUAUAAGAGGUGGUUACUUUUUCAUGCUACAGAAUCUUGAGCGCUUAGAUUUGUCAGACAACAACAUUAGCAGCAUAGCAGUAGAAUCCUUCACUUCUCUGCACUCACUUAGACUCCUCACUCUCUCAGAUAACCAGCUCAGUCACCUUAAAUUUAAAACCUUCAUUAAUUUACAGACCCCAAGCACUCACAUCCAGGUAUCUGGCAAUCCUUGGGUGUGUGACUGUGAUCUACAGAGAGUAUUUGGCAAGAUCAACAGCGUAAGACACCUGCACAUAGAUGACUACGAAAACCUAACUUGUGCUGGUCCUCCACAGCUUUUGGGAGCAGCUCUAGACUCAGUGGACAACCAACUAUGCGUGGCUGAGACGGCCACAGUCUUAGUGAUUACCAUCACCGUCCUGGUAACUGUGAUUGCUGCUAUUGUCAUGGCAGAGAGGAAUCGGAAGAAGAACCAGGACAAGAACUGGAAUGAAGUAGAUGGACCCUUUGAAACCCAGGACAAGUGA